AUGGUGGAGUACUUUCUUCAGGCCUUGGAACCUACUUACUUUGGUCAUCUGAUCUCGGCCACAGGUAAGUCUUUCAAUAAAGUGGUGAAGAUGGGAGGGAUGGGGCACUACACAGAAAAAUGUUGGCAUUUGAAGAGCACCAUCCAAGUGCUUAUUGAUACAAACCAAAUCGUGGUCCAAAGCCCGGAAGCUCUAAACAUCAAUCAAAAUCCAUUGCCAGCCCAUGCCAAAACACAUAUGAUUGAGAUAGUGUAUAAGGAUGGGGAGCCCGAAAAUCCUCCGAAGUCUGUAAUGAUGAUCCGUGCCAAUGAAAGUAAUUUAGUCGAAACUCUAGUAGUUACAAAUGCAACAUCUUCGAUAGUUGAAGGGUUGACAGACAAGCUAAGCAAGCCCGAUGUUAAGCUGCCUGUGGCAGUCGUGAAGGGGUUCCCAGAUGAUGUUAAAACAAAGCAAGGAAAGCUAAAAGUGGUCGUGCCGAGGGUAGCAAGUAAGCCUGUUAUAAACAUGGAAGGGGCUCGCAUUGCCCCUGGUAUUAUUAAACCUGUGACCCAGCUGCCAAUAGAUAACACCAAGGCUAUUCCAUGGAAUUACAAUCGAGUGAUAGUAACUUAUAAAGGGAAAGAAGUGGAAGAGGAAGUUAAUGAAACACGAGGGUUGACUCGUUCGGGGAGAUACUUUACCCUAGAGAAAUUAGGGAAAGCUAAGUCACUAAAAGAUAAUCUAGUUCUAGUGAAGAAGUCAGUCACCGUGGAGGAGGCGAAAGAAUUCUUGAGGAAAAUGAAGGUGCAGGAUUACUCCAUCAUGGAACAAUUGAGGAAGACACCCGCUCAAAUUUCUCUUCUAUCAUUGUUGAUACAUUCAAACGAGCACCGUCGAGCCCUCAUGAAGAUUUUGAAUGAAGCUCACGUCUCUAACAAGAUCACAGUGAACUAUUUGGAGAAGAUUGCCAACAAGAUAUUCGAGGCAAAUAGGAUCGCUUUCUUGGAUGAAGAGCUGCCUUUGGAGGGUACAGAACACAAUCGAGCUUUUUAUCUCACAGUGAAAUGCGAGGAUUCUACGGUCUCGAGGGUACUAGUUGAUAAUGAUUCCAGUGCAAAUAUUUGCGCUCUCUCCACUCUGCAAAAGUUGAAAAUUGAUACUGAAAGGAUCCACAAGAAGAGCAUAUGUGUUCGAGGUUUUAACGGAGAGGGAAAAGAUUCUGUUGACGAUAUCAUGCUCGAACUGACAAUAGGGCCAGUUGAAUUUACUAUGGAGACCUGGAUACAUGUUGCCAAGGCAGUUCCGUCUUCCCUGCACCAAAUGGUAAAGUUUGAGUGGGACAGACAAGAAAUCGCCGUGCAUGGUGACGAGAACUUAUGUGCUUACAAUGAUACAUGCGCCCCGUUUAUUGAAGUCGGAGAUAAUAAAGGGCCUUGGGUCUACCAAGCUUUUGAAACAGUGUCAGUUGAGAAGAUUCCGGAGGAGGAGUGUAUUCCACGUCUAAAGUUAGCCUCCGCAUCCAUCAUGCUAGCAACUGAAAUGCUGAAGAAUGGUUUUGUGUCGGGCAAGGGUCUGGGCGCAUCUUUACAAGGUAUCGUGCAGCCAGUGUCUCUACGGAAAAAUCUGGGUACGUUUGGUCUAGGAUUCAAGCCCACAUGGGACGAGGUGAAGAGGCUUAAAAGGUUAAAUAAGAAGUCAUGGUUACUUCCUAAGCCUAUCCCACGCCUCUCCAGGUCUUUCGUUAAGCCAGGGGUCGUGAAACACCCAGUGUCAGCAAUCCCAAAGCCCGUGGUUGACUUUGAUGAAGAGUUGAUUGAAAGGUUUUAG